CUCCUCCUCCGUCGUAGGGUUGCGGCUGGGCUGAUGUAAAGUUGCACGUCCGUGGCUGAACAGACUCCGCCGGCGGUCGCUUCUGGGGUUUCAUCUCCAUUUUUUCUUUCUGAAUAAAAAAUAUUCAGUCUCACCUCCUUGGCGGUCUGUCGUAGCACCUGGGUUGACAUGGCGACGGAGAUAACGAAAGGUGUGGAUCAAGUCUCAGUGGCUGAGCUGUACGUGUCGGACAAAUGUGGCAGCGACCAGGAUGGAGACGGUACAGAGGAGAAACCCUUCAAAACUCCGCUCAAGGCUCUGAUGUUUGCUGGGAAGGAGCCGUUCCCGACCAUCUACGUAGAGUCACAGAAGGAGGGAGAGCGUUGGGCGGUGAUCUCAAAGACGCAGAUGAAGAAUGCAAAGAAGGCCUUCAACCGUGAGCAGAUGAAGAGUGACGCCAAAGACAAGAAAGAGGCAGAGGACAACGAGAGGAGAGAGAAGAACCUGGAAGAAGCCAAGAAGAUUGUCAUUGAGAAUGAUCCCAGCCUGCCUGAGCCAGAAACAGUUAAAAUUCAUCAUCUGGAGCCAAAGAGAGGCCAGAGAGUCAAAGUGUUUGGGUGGGUUCAUCGUCUCAGGAGACAGGGGAAGAACCUGAUGUUCAUUGUGUUGAGAGAUGGAACUGGUUUCCUCCAGUGUGUCCUGUCUGAUAAACUGUGCCAGUGCUACAACGGCCUGGUGUUGUCCACAGAGAGCACGGUGGCUCUGUACGGGACUGUGACUCCAGUUCCUGAGGGGAAACAGGCGCCUGGAGGCCACGAGCUGCACUGCGACUUCUGGGAGCUGGUCGGCUUAGCUCCAGCAGGUGGCGCCGACAACCUGCUGAACGAAGAGUCGGACGUGGACGUGCAGCUGAACAACCGACACAUGCUGAUCAGAGGAGAGAACGUCUCCAAGGUCCUCCGGGUCCGAUCCACCGUCACACAGUGUUUCAGGGACCACUUCUUCAGCCGCGGAUACUACGAGAUCACUCCUCCGACCCUGGUGCAGACUCAGGUGGAGGGCGGCUCCACACUGUUCAGCCUCAACUACUUCGGCGAGCAGGCGUACCUGACGCAGUCCUCCCAGCUCUACCUGGAGACCUGCAUACCUGCCCUGGGCGACACCUUCUGCAUCGCCCAGUCGUACCGAGCCGAGCAGUCUCGCACCCGAAGGCACUUGUCCGAGUACACUCACAUCGAGGCCGAGUGUCCCUUCAUUACGUUUGAGGACCUGCUGAACAGACUGGAGGACUUGGUGUGUGAUGUGGUGGACCGAGUGCUCAAAUCCCCCGCCGCCCAGCUGCUCUACGACAUCAACCCGAACUUCAAACCCCCCAAGAGGCCGUUCAAGAGGAUGAACUACACCGAAGCCAUCGAGUGGCUCAGGGAGCACGACGUCAAGAAGGACGACGGCACCUACUACGAGUUUGGAGAGGACAUCCCCGAGGCUCCGGAGAGGCUGAUGACAGACAAGAUCAACGAGACCAUCCUGCUCUGUCGUUUCCCAGCUGAGAUCAAAUCCUUCUACAUGCAGCGCUGCCCCGAGGACAGACGCCUCACUGAGUCGGUCGACGUGUUGAUGCCAAACGUUGGCGAGAUUGUCGGAGGCUCGAUGCGUAUCUGGGACUCUGAGGAGCUGCUGGAGGGAUACAAGAGGGAGGGAAUCGACCCGACCCCGUACUACUGGUACACUGACCAGAGGAAGUACGGCUCGUGUCCUCACGGCGGUUACGGUCUGGGCCUGGAGCGUUUCCUCACCUGGCUGCUGAACAGACAUCACAUCAGAGACGUCUGCCUGUACCCACGAUUCAUCCAGCGCUGCCGACCCUGAACAAACACACACCGACACACGCAAACACACACAUUCUGUUACCGUACCUAGAUCUGGCACAUGAGCCAUAAAAUGUGUCGCUAAAUUAGAAAACAAAGAAUUCAGUGUUUGGUCCUGUUAGCUGUUUGACUUCAGAUCUUUACGGUGAACUCCAUCAUGUCUCGCCACAGAUGGUUAAAAACCUGCUGAGCUUCCUCCUCACCUGUACUGACUCGACACCUUGAAUCUGAUCAUUUCUGCCUCUGCUGAUGCUCGAUGGCUCAUUAUUUAACCUGUAAUAAACACUGUAGUUAACUUGUGAUUGUACAGAGUGUCUGCAAGUCCUGGAAAAAAUCCUAAAUUAUAACUUUUAUUCAAAUUACUGUUUAUUUUAUUCAAAUUAUCCACAGGAACUUUAAAAAAUAAGUUAAUAUUUUUAAAUUCCUGUUGAAAUUUGCAGUAAAAUAAACUAAGUUGAAUUUUAAAUGCUUCAACACUUCAGUAGUUUUUUUCUGUUAUUAUUUGCAUUAAAAAUAUUACAAAGUCGUAAAUGUAAGUCGCACUUGCAGCCACCCUGUUGUUCUCUUUAACAACCAACAUCAGCUUUCACAAUAAGUGUCUUUAACUUAAGGAACCAAGUACUGUAGUUGGAUAAAAUAAAUUAUUCAAUGCCAAAUUUAUAUAAAAAAUAAGCAAGAUCCCAACUUCUAAGGCACUGUUCGCACUCCGCCUCCUCCCGUCAUGGCUGCCGUCCUGACUCUCUCUUGGUGGUCCAAACUGGAAUCACAAACAACAGCAGCGACGCUUUUGUGCACGUUUCAUGUAUUUUGGGAAUGUUUUACCUCUUUCCUGGAAGAAACACAGCUGGGUCUGGAUGAUAACAAAAAACAUGGACGACGGUCUGUCAUCACGUUUGUCAUUGGUGGUUUAGAAAUGUGACGUCAUCCUCAGGGGGUCUCAUCAUGUUCGUUUGUUCUGCCUCAUCUUCUGAAAAAUACUCAAUAAACUGCACUUAAAUGAAGUGUAACUCAAACA